AUGGCUCCUUCGCCGCCGCGACUUCGUAUCUUGUCAGUCGGUAGUAACGCGGUGUCGGCUUUUCUCUCAUGGAGACUUCAAACAACAAACUCGUGUGAUGUCACGCUGGCCUGGAAAUCGGGGUUUGAAUCGGUCGCUCAAUACGGCGUCUCAUUUCGAUCAAAGACAUAUGGAAAUGAACGCUUUAAGCCGCGACAUGUCGUGCGAACACCUGAAGAAGCCGCUUCACGAGAGGUCGCCUACGACUACGUUGUUCUCUGCGUCAAAGCCUUGCCUGAUAUAUAUGACCUUGGAUCGAUCAUCGAAUCCGUCGUCACUCCUCAACAUACAUGCAUCCUCGUCAAUACCACGAAUACCCUGGGUGUCGAGUCACAUUUGGAGCAACGCUUUCCGACGAACGUUGUCUUGUCGCUGGUUUCACACAUGACCAUCAACCAGACCGGUUUAAGCGACUUUGAACAUGAAGGAUCUACGGAGAUGUGGGUUGGUCCCGCCAACAAAAACCCGGCUAUUCCUGUUUCCAUCCAAAACGACAUGGCAUCUGCGUUAGCCAUGACUUUGAGCUCUGGUAAUGUCGAUUGUAAGGUGUCAUCAAAUAUCAGACAGGAGCAAUUCGACCGAAUGAUUGGUCCUAUCGCCUUUCACCCAGCAAGCGUACUUUUCAAUACUCCCAACCACUCCCAACUACUAGAGAAAGUCGGUGUGCGACAACUGGUAAACGAUGUGAUUGAUGAACUUCUCAAGUUAGCGUCGACACAAGGAUGUUCAUUCGACUCCGGCUAUAGAGAAAAGGUCAUUGCGAAAAUGACUGCACCAACAGAAGCACAGACUACCAUGUACCAAGACUUUCUCGCUCAUCGACCCAUGGAGAUCGAGACAUACCUGGCCUCACCUAUUCGUCUUGCAAUGGAAAGCAAUGUCAGCCUGCCCCGUAUAGAAACUAUUUACGCUAUGCUUCAUCACCUCAACAUCGUCAACCAAACCAAACCUGAAAUUCUGCCACCAGGAAUCUCUACUCAACCUCCGCCCAGGACAGCGUCUGUACCCCCCGGUCAGAAGCCAAUGGUCAACGGGAUGCGGGCAAGCCGAACAUCAUCCAAUAUGGGAAUGCCUAUGCCACCUCCCCAGCAACGAAGAGGACCACCUCCAGGUGGCCCAAUGCUGAGACCACCAAGUGCACAAGCCGGACCAUCUCGUAUGCCUCGUGAUGCAUCUUUUGAGGAUAACGGAUUGGAAGAGUUCAGCCACCUUGUUGUUUACGAUGAUAUCCCAUCCGACGGUCUAACCAACGGAAAUAUGGACAUGGCCAAUGGAGGAGCAAGCAGCAGUCUUGCUCUCCGAGAACGCGAACUCGCUCUUCGUCAACGAGAGCUCCAGCUUCGUGAACGCGAAAUGAACCUGAGACGCGGUCCCGGUCCUCGUGGAGGUCCUAGGGCACCGCCUCCUCCUCGAUCUGUAUUUGAUGAAGAAGACGAAGAAGAUUACUUUGAUCCCCAAGACUUCCGCCCACCACCUGGAAUCGACAUCGAUAACAUCGACAUGAUGAGCGUCACUUCUCGCCGAACGAGGAAAGCACCUACCAGUGCUGGUCAAUUGCGACGCAACCCCGAGAUGAAUGGGCCUCCAUCGUCUCGGCCCUCGUCAUCGUUCCGAUUCUUCAAUGGAUCAGGCGGUCGGAAAAGCGCAAGCUCUCAUUUGAUUAACGAUAUACCCAUGACUCAUUCGUCACUGAUGGACGAUCCGUUGAUGGCAUACUCAUCAAAUCGAUAUGGUGCUGUAGAUCGCAAAGAGCUGCAUGUAGAUUCGAGAGCAAAUUCGCUAAGCAACGCAAGCCGUAUGGGCGAUUUUGGCCCUGGGGGCGCUCCCGGCUCUUACCCUCCUGGCAGACGAACAAGCGGAUCGCCAGCGGUCUUCCCUAAUGGACGUGGCAUGCCCAUGCCCAGGCCAGGACCUGGGGAGCAUCAGCACUCGUGGGGACCACCACCCAACGGGAUGAUGCCGCCACAUGGUCGUCCCUCUCCACCGAAUGUGUCACCGGGAAUGCCACCAAACAUGCGAGCACCGGUUCCCAGAUAUCCUCCCGGGCAUGGAAACAAUAUGGGGGCCAACCAGGUUGAACAACAUCUUGGGCGCGGAGAGUGGUGA